AUGACAACAACCAAGUACGAGCAGGAGAGGGAUGCGAAUGUAAAGGCUGUUCAAGAGGUUUUAAGUCUUUCGAAAGGGGGCAAAGGGAAGAGACUAGUAUCUGACAAUCCAGAAUCUGACACUGAGUAUGAUCCUUCAUCUGACAUUGAUAACCAAUCUGACAGCGAUGAUAAUUCUAAUGAUGACCUCAAUAAUGAGGUCAAUACUGAGGAAAGACCAAUGGUUCCAGGAACUCGCCCGCAGCAGAAGAAGCAAAAGGUGGAAACAAUGGCGGUUGCGAACCAGCAGUCACCGCGCACGCCAACCAGAAUCACUAGGCAAAGUGCAGCCAUGCCUUCACCUGCAGGCCAUCCACUGCCUAGGCCAAGACAUCCCUUGCCUCCUAAGAACACUUUGAAAGCCAACCCAAAACCAAAUGCCAUUUCUAGUAGCAGCCAACUGCAAGGCCACCACACUACAAGCGGCAGCCACACCACAGAAACUACUGACACAGUGCCUACUCCUCCAAGAGUCACCAGGACCAGUCCAGCCAUGUCUUCGCCUAUUCCAAACACACAGCCUAGUCCUUCUAGAUACACCAGGAAAAGUGAAGCCAUGCCUACGCCUGGUGCAAACACAGUACCUAGUCCUCCUAGAUUCACCAGGACCAGUGCAGCCAUGUUUGCUCCUGGUGCAAACACAAUACCUAGUCCUCCUAGAUUCACUAGGUCCAGUGCAGCCAUGUCUUCGCCUGACACCUCACCAGGUGGACAGAGCUCUAGGCAAAGCAAUGACAUCAAUGAGUCAGCUGAGCAAUUUGAUGCCGCUAAUUCUGAGGGUCAUACAUAUGAAGGAGAACCAAGAGAUGACUUAGUUCCAGCGCCCCCAAAGAAUGUCCGCAAGAAAACCAUGGGUCAUGGCUUAGAGAAGAUGCUAAAUAGAGGAAAGAAGUUGGCUAUCCAAGUGGCUGAAGGGAAGAAAAGACCUGAUGUCCCACUUCAGGCAGCGAAGCUGGCAUCAGAAACUGGUGUUGCCCUUAGAGACAACAUGCCCAUCUACACAUCAUGGAAGCUUUAUGACAAUGAUGCGGGAAAGGCAGAAGUAAAAAAAGUGCUUGACAAAGUGGUGUCAAGGUUGGAUGUGGAUGUUAAGAAUGAGGCACCAAGUAAAGCUGCAUGCACUGAUAUCAUUAAGAGGGGAGUAAGGCAGACGAGGUAUCACCUGAAAAAGAAGUACUUCGACGAGUCACUGACAGAAGAACAGCUGCUGGCCAAGCAACCUCCACCUAAAAUGAAGAAUGAGGAAUGGACCAAGCUGGUAGAGUACUGGUGUGACCCAAAGAAUCAGAGGACUAAGUACAACAACAUGGAGCCAGAUGCUGUUGAUUUCUUUGGGGAAUGUAUGAGUAGUCCCCAAAAUGGUCGUACUCCUCUUGCAAAUGAAAUAUAUGAACAAAUGGUUGCAGAGAAGGAAAGAGACCCAGAAGAAGGAGAAGAACAAAAGUCUCCCUCUAAGAUUGUUGCUGACUGUCUUAGCCAGAUCAGCCGUUCAUCCACCUUACUUCCUAACAUUGGUGUCCCUCGGCCAUCGAAGACUGGCCGGUCCACAUCGACAGCCACACAAGCACGCCUGCAAGCUCAGUUUGAGGAAACACUCCAAGCAGCAAGAGAGGAAGCUGCUAGGAAGCAGGAAGAGUUGCAAGCACAACUUCAAGCUCAAUAG